AUGACUUCGUCUGUCCGCCGCCUAGUGGCAAUGUUCGAGUCCCCCGUCGCCGCCCGCACCACGACACGCGCCCCCGAAGCGAUCAGCCGAACGAGAGUCGCAGCUCUCGUCCACUUUUACGGAGCGUCGUCCACCAUCGCGUCCACUGCCAUCGAAGCGAUCGAUGCAGUGCGGUUCGCCGCCUUUCCCAACCCGCAUGACCCAGCGGCGGCGGCAGUGGAGCCCAUCGACCCGCGCUGGUCCAUUCAAGUGAUCGACUCGGCGAGGUUCGCCGAGUUCGGCUACCCGCACGCAGUUGUGACGGACCCCACGCCAGCAAGCGCCUCCCCAAGCUCCACCACCACCACGCCUGCCAGUGCCCCACCUGCUAAUGCCGGAGCUGACGCUGCUGCCGAUGAGUGCAACUUCAUCAACGACGAACCGGAGGCAGCUAUCCACGAGCCCGAACAGACUCAACCAGCCCAAUCUGCCGUCGCUGCUGGCGAAGAAGAGCUCCACGCCCCAGAUCUCGACGAUACCAAGAAGGCCUUUGCUGCGGAGCCCGUGAAACUACAUGUAGAGGUAGAGCAGAUCGUGCCGCCCAACGAGCCCGGCAAGAACGACCGCGACCCACGCGCUGUCCCUGGCAAGCUACCCUGCAUCACACCGCGCACGUGCCUGCCAAUUUACGCUGCAGCGCCGCGAAGUCAAGGCAUCAAGUCUCGCCUGUUUGAUUUCGAGCGCAACCCAGCCUUCAACCGGCAACGUAUGCUGGCAAAGCAACGACGCGCCGCAGCAGCAGCACCGUCCAAGACACCGAUCUGGAAGCUGUGAGCGCUUCCCCUGAUCAGCUUCGCGUCCAAACUUCAUAGAUUGUAGUUCAUGUAGUUCAUGUAGUCCAUGUAGUAUCGUAGUCCAAUCCCAGUUCGUAGCCAACACACCUUGAUC